CACCGUACACCGCUCUGCUGAGAUGACCGGUCAGUUCGGCUCCUCUCUGAGUGGUCAGGGGGUGUUGAUGUGGAGGAGCGCCGCAGCACUGGGGAACUGUAGCGGUUGCGGCUGAAUCAAGUUGGUCAGUGCUUUUCGAAACCCUUGGGACGUCCCUAACCUUAACCCCCUACCUAACCAUUUAACCAUCAAAUUCAAUGGGAGGCACGUCCCAAAGAUAUCGGAUAGCAUGGACAGAAGAUGUUUCCAGUGGGCUGGACUACUCACCCCGGAGGGGCGGCAGAUUGCGAACUUUCAGGAAGGAAACUAGUCGCUCCCGGUCACAGCCCUGCCUCCUGAGUAGUGGAAUGGAAUGCACCCGGAACUCACUUCCUCUUGAAGACGAGUGUUGAAUUAAGAAAGUAGUUGCACCUGUUCCCAUGAAACGUUCAUGUUUGGAGAGAUGGCAACUUGACAAGCACAAGAAUAACAGUAGCGAACGGGACAGCGUGUUGUAAUGUCGUCCCAGGCUGAGAACGUGGCGGAACUUUUAGAAAUAGACAUAUGUGACGGCGACAUCUGCUCGGAGGGGGAGAGCGGAGUGUUCAUCAACUCAGGUACAGGUGCGUCAUUCUUAGACGGCUUCUCGGCGUUUCAGCAGUGGACCGGACCUAGAUCUCGUUCCUCUUCAGGCCACAACAACACAGACUUUGUCUCAAAGAGACCGAGAGAAACAUCAUCCCCGAGUCUGUAUCCCCAGAACGGCCUGGGGUCUGGAGCCGGUGAUCGUGUGACCCUUGGCGACCUCCAGGGUCAGGAUCUCCGAGCCCCCCGCUCCUCCAUAGUGGACUGUCUGUUGGUGGAGCUCUAUGACACCUACAGCAGCGCUCGGCUCAGUGUUGACAGCCCGGAUAGCAGUACCGAGGCGUCCAGCUCUGAGCUGUUCUGCCGCAGUAAUACUGGAUCCAGCUUCCUCCAGGAACUACAGGAGAAACACACCAGGAGACACCAGAUCAUCUACCUGUCUCAGAAAGCACCAGAAGAGUUGAGCUGUAUCAUAGGAGAGGUACGCUACAGGACAGGUCUCCAGUCAGCCAAGCUGAUCUAUAUAUCUAUAUUGUGUUUCAGCACCAGAAGAGUUGAGCUGUAUCAUAGGAGAGGUACGCUACAGGACAGUGUGGUGCUCUCUAUUCCCUGUAUUGCCCUGACCACACCCUCCAGACGGUGUGCCCAGGGCCUCCAGACGGUGUGCCCAGGGCCUCCAGACGGUGUGCCCAGGGCCUCCAGACGGUGUGCCCAGGGCCUCCAGACGGUGUGCCCAGGGCCUCCAGACGGUGUGCCCAGGGCCUCCAGACGGUGUGCCCAGGGCCUCCAGACGGUGUGCCCAGGGCCUCCAGACGGUGUGCCCAGGGCCUCCAGACGACAUGGGGCUGUCGUGGAGCAGUUGGGCGACGGGAUUCGCGUGGGACGGAGGGAAUAA